CGGUUAAUUUACCCAAGUGUGCGAAAGCUACAAUGCAACGUGAUAAAGGAGCGCUGAUGGUGUCUGUGAAGCGUUUAAUUUAUGCCGACUGCAAGCAUAUACGAAGUCCACGUCGUUGUGCACUAUAUCGAAAACUGUCAAGCGCUCAAAAAAGCAAAGCAGAGAACUUUCCAGACAUUCUGCAAUGAAUCACGGGAAAUACUCGGAGCGUUAAAUAAAACCGCUAUCAUCUCCAGAAAGCUCGACACAAAUACAUAUUACUGACGAGUAAAUGCAUCUAUUAAGAACAUAAUUCGUCAAUAUUUGCAUAUGUAACUGUAUUAUACUGAUCUGUAUCCCAAACAAAUACAAUAUUUUCAUCAACAUGACAUAUAAACUAUAAACCUCCAAGAGUUCCGCCCGAGAAUGCUGUUCAGUACGUUACAACACGCGCUCCUCCCCUGAGCUGCCUUACUAUUGGUCAUAUUCUGUGCCCAUUUCUCCCCGUUGGCGCGGUUGUUAAAAAGCCGGGAGUGAAAAAAAUAAUAACCCCAAGACUGAGGACAUGAGCGUCUCCUACAAUUCCUCAGAUUGAUCAUCAUGGAAAAUGGCAGACACCACUUUCCAUUUCCCUACCAGCCUUACACCAUCCAGGAGGACUUCAUGCGCUCCUUGUACAGUGCACUCGACCAAGGCAAAGUUGGCAUCUUUGAGAGCCCUACUGGGACGGGCAAAUCUCUGAGUCUGAUAUGCGGAGCACUGAGCUGGCUUACAGACUUUGAGGCCAACAAGAGGCGAGAGGCUGCUGCUCUGCUUCAGGAGGGUGAGACUGCACUUUCUUCACCUAAAGAAGAGGCCUCCUCUCAGAACUCAUCUGCAGAACCUGACUGGAUCACCAGCUUUGUCCAAAAAAAGGCUGAACGGGAUUUGGUGUCAAAGCUGAAGGAGGAUGAAUUGAAAAGGAAGAAGAGAGAGGAGCGGUUAGAAGUGAUUAGAAACAAUGUUCAACUGAAGUAUGCAGUGAAAAGAAAGAGUGGUGACGAAGAUGAAGCAUUCAAGUUGCUGCAGCUCAGUAAAGAGGCUGAAGCUGAUGCACCAGCAAGUGAAGAUGACGAGGAUCUUAUCAUGGUGGAGUAUGAAAGCGAUGAUGAAUCCAAGUUAAAGAGUAGAUUUUGUGGAACUGAAGAAGAGGAAGAGGAUGAACUGGUCGAAGAGCAUGUCACAAAGAUUUACUACUGCAGUCGCACCCACUCACAGCUCACCCAGUUUGUUCACGAGGUCCAGAAGAGUCCCUUUAGCAAGGACAUCAGUCUGGUCACGCUGGGCUCACGGCAGAAUCUCUGUGUCAAUGAGGAGGUGCGACGCCUCGGCAGCCUUCAGCGUAUUAAUGACCGCUGCAUGGAGAUGCAGAAAAACAAACACGAGAAGCUGCAUCACGAUGAAGAAGCAAAGAGGAAGCGAGGCCCAGCCAAGAGCGUCUGUCCCUACAACAGGGCUUCGGCGCUGCAGCAGAUGAGGGAUGAAGUUCUUGGCACCGUCCAUGAUAUCGAACAACUCUUGAAGCUUGGCAGGGAAAGUCGUUCGUGUCCUUACUACGCCUCACGGCUUUCUGUUUCACCGGCACAGUUGGUGGUGUUGCCCUAUCAGAUGGUGCUGCAUGAAGCCACAAGACGGGCAGCAGGGAUUCAGCUGAAUGGACAGGUGUUGAUCAUAGAUGAAGCCCACAACCUUAGCGACACACUCUCCUGCAUACACAGUGCAGAGCUCAGCGGCGCACAGCUUUGCCGCACACACUCUCAGCUCAGCCAGUAUGCUGAACGCUUCAAGAGCCGCCUGAAGGCCAAGAAUGUGAUGUACAUUAAACAGGUCUUGUUUGUUAUUGAGGGGCUCGUGCAAGUUCUGGGAGGGAAGGUUGGUCAGAAUCCACAAAGCCAAACCUCACAAGAAGCAACAGAGAUGCUGACCAUUAACAACUUCCUCUUCAAAGCCCACAUUGACAACAUCAACUUAUUUAAGUUGCACAAGUACUUUGAGAAGAGUAUGAUCAGCAGAAAACUGGGUGGUUUUGUGGAGAAAUAUGCAGGUUCAGGCAUGAGUGUGCACGCUCCGAUUAGGUCCAACAAAGAGAACCGCCGCAUAGAGGGGUUGAAUCGCUACCUGCAGUCACUGCAGAGCAACCAGAGCAUGGCACCAGUUCCUCCCAACGACCAACAGGGGUCGGUAGAGGUUGACACUGUGCAGGCUGCUUCACCCAUGAUGCAAGUGGAGGGCUUCUUUAUGGCCCUUACCAACAGCAACAGUGAUGGUCGGGUGGUAAUACACAAACAAGGUACGUUGUCCGAGAGCAGCAUCAAAUUCCUCCUGUUGAACCCGGCCGUCCCCUUUGCACAGGUGUUGAAAGAGUGCAGGGCCGUUAUCAUCGCUGGAGGAACUAUGCAGCCUGUAUCAGACUUCAAACAAGAGCUGCUCUUCUCUGCCGGAGUGGAAGCAGAGCGCAUUACAGAGUUUUCCUGUGGUCAUGUAAUUCCACCUGAGAACCUCCUUCCCAUCGUCCUAUGCAGUGGUCCAUCCGGUCAGGAGCUAGAUUUCACUUUCCAGAACAGAGACUCUCCUCACAUGAUGGAUGAGACGGGUCGCAUCCUCUCCAACAUCUGUAACGUGGUACCAGGUGGAGUCGUGUGCUUCUUCCCCUCAUAUGAGUACUCCAGGCGCAUCGUGUCCCACUGGCAGUCCAGCGGUGUUCUGACUCGCCUGGCCAACAAGAAGAAGAUCUUCCAGGAGCCAAAGAAGGCCAACCAGGUGGAGCAGGUACUGGGCGAGUUCUCCCGUUGUAUUGAGAGGUGUUCUCUGCAAGAUGGUGGCUUAACAGGAGCGUUGCUUUUCUCUGUGGUUGGAGGAAAGAUGAGCGAGGGCAUCAAUUUCUCUGAUGACCUGGGCAGAUGCGUGGUGAUGGUGGGAAUGCCUUACCCUAACAUCAAAUCUCCCGAACUGCAGGAAAAAAUGUCUUACUUGGACAAACACCUGCCACACAGCGGAGGGAGGAGCCCUGGCCAAGCAUUAAUUGAAAACCUCUGCAUGAAGGCUGUCAAUCAAUCAAUAGGUAGAGCAAUCCGUCACCGGGGCGACUACUCUUCCAUACUGCUCUGCGACAGGCGAUACUCUCGUCCCUCCACCCUCUCUAAACUACCAGCGUGGAUCAGAAACCGCACCAGCACGCACCAAAGCUUCGGCCCCGCCUUCGCCGCCAUACGCAAGUUCUUUGUGGAGAAAAAGCUGCAGAACAAGCUUCAACUGUGACAUGACCGAGCAUUGUAGAACCCUAAAAGUGCUGACAGAUUAAUGCAGGAGGAGCUCAGAAAUAAGGCUCUUGACUACAUUUGACAAUGUGUUCCACUUAACAGCUCUCAGGGGAUGUUGUAUUGUUUUCACUGCACUGCACUUUUUAUUGUUCAAUAUUGUUUUGUUCUGCUUUUGCAUGAGAGCAUCCAAGUUCAGGGAAGGAAAUUGGAAAUAAUGUGGCCAAAUGAAGAGUACAUGAAAGUAUUGGGCAGCUGGUUACUACACGGGUAGAAGAAAGAAAGAAGAAAAUAGUUGUUCCCCUACUUGAGGCCAUUACUUCCACGUGAGGCCAGGCUCAAACUAGACAAAUGUGGCCCAGUACUUUUGUGCACACAAUGUCUCUGACAAGCUAGAUUAAGUCCGUAACAUGGUUUGAACAUUUUUUAAAUACCGCAUGUUGAAGUAAAUUAUUGAAGGAGCUACAAUGCAGAAAUGAAGCACAACUUUCAUUUGCAACAUUAAAUAUUGAACAUGUUAUGUAAUGCAAACAUUGGUUUAUUGAAGAGGAAUGUGUGAGUAAAAUGCUUCCAUGAUUCACAAGCAUUUGUAACUUAAGACAGCCAUAAACGUUGCACUUAUUUUUACAAAUGUUAUGUAAUACUUCUAGUUUAGUACAUUCACUAGUUAUCAAGGACUAUCAAAUGCUUUUUUUGUCAGUGCAUUAAAUGAUUAAAUCCGCAAUGUCACACCUCCCAGUCUUCAUCGUCUGCUGUUGUAUGUGGGGAGGGAAGUGGUGGGAUGACGUCUGACAUUCUUGCAAAGGCGCCACCGGCUCCGGUGGGAGCAUCAUUUGACUCUCCACCU